UGUUGGUUGGCAUCCACGACUUGUCGCAUGCGUGUUUUCUAAACCAUUUGAUCGUCUUUAAGAUGGUAAAACAGAGUACUAAACUGGUCACAGUUGUAGGAUAGUCUACACUCACGUUCUUGAACAUUUUCAUCCCAUUUUCCACCCACUAGUCCGUGCUUUUCGCCCGUUUUGCCCAGUAGUCGCCUUCUUCAGUGUGUGCCCCCCUCCCACCCUCGAAAUUGCACCAUGAUACGACGUUUUCUCGUUAUUGGGCUGGGUGCCGUUGGGAGCUACGUGGUUUAUAGGAUUGUAGACAGACUGUACUUCUCUGGAAAUGAAGAAGAAGAAGAAACUGAGAAGGAAACUGAUGACAAGAAAAAGACAUCGCAACCAGUUUGCAACAACGUGGAUUCGCAUGAACUUGAGGAUCUUGCCACAAGCAAUUCGCUGUCUUCGAGCCAAGUGGCUUUCCUGUUUGCUCUGCUUCGAUCAGAAAACCCCGGAGUCGUGGAAAGAACACUUCGCACCAUCAGCAACCUUGCAGCGUUCACCAGCAACCAAAACGUUAUGAGGGAAUCAGGCCUGCUGAAAGCUGUUGUGGAUACUCUACAGCGUUCGGACGAUUCCCCGGGUAUCCAAGCUUGCUGCUGCCAAGCGCUGUCCAACCUGGCAAUGAACAUGGCAAAUCAAACCGUGGUGCAGUCUUGCUUGCCGUUCGUCGUAAAGAAAAUCGUUCGUUCUACUGAAACCGACGCCACCACCUUGCCUAGUCUGAACCUCCUCACAAACAUGACUGUUUUGGACGACCACCACCAUCACGUGUGUCCCGCUUCGGCAAAACUUCUGCAGCUUUCCGUCAAAGAAGAAGAAGCAUCAACGGUGCAGCUACAAUCCCUGAAGGUCCUGGUCAACUUGUCGUGCAACCAAACAUCCAUCGAGACACUGCUACACUCACCUGUACCGCCUCAAUUCCUCGCGCUAAUACAGUCUACGAUAGCUGACAUACAGCUUCGCGCCUUGACUUUCGUAGCAAACGUUGUCUCCUUCCAGGACGAUGAAGUUCUGUCGAGUGAUUUUGCUGCGGACUCUUUGCAGGCAUUGCUGUAUGGCAGUGGGGGGCGUCGGCGAGAUAUUUACGCCAUGGUGCUCAAGUUAACGAAACAUCCAAGUGAAGACAUUAGGAAGCAGGCUUCCCGGAUUCUGGUGGCAAAGAUGCUAGGAUAUGACAACCAGGACUGAUGGAGGUUCUGACAUAUUACACAAUAGACCAGAAAGACCUAAACCUCCUUCACAUAUGUUGUACAACAGGUUUAUAAUAGAGACUAUUUUGACUGAAAGUAAGAACAGAAAAUUGAUCCCAAAGUUACAGUGUUUUAUUUGAAAUGGGCUUAACAAGGGUAGAAUAUUGACCUCGGUUGAAGCAAAAGUUGACAUCAGUCUUUUACAAUUCUUCACUAGAUGUUGACUUUGUUGGGAUCCACAUUUAGCAUACAUUACAGUACACUAGCCAUUUUUGAAGAAUUGAAAAUCUUAAUCUUUGUUACAUACAAAUGUGAAAGUGAGGACACAGAGGUUGACAUAUGACGGACCAACAUUCCAGUCAGGUAUGAAGUUCAGAUGAUAUAUGCCAAGAAUGGCCAACAUCUGGCUGAGGCAACAACAUCAUUCCAAUGUUAAAUUCUUUGAAAUUGAUUGCAUACUGGCAGACAGCGUCAUUUGUUAUAUACAUACAUUUAUUGUGGUUCGUUCUACUUUUGAUAAUCAAUGAUUUAUGAUAAUCAAGGGGAUUAUGUUGUCAUACUGUAGAAUACGUUAUGCGUAAACAAGUUAUGGCACCCAACAAAUGUAAUAUCUUUGAAAUGUGUCUCAUAGUGCAGAAUUACAUGUAUCAAACCAAUAAGGUCAAGUGGCAGUGACUUAGCAAAAAAUACAAUGCACAAAAUACAAGGCACAAAAUUGCUUUUUUACCCGUAUGUUUUUGCAACACCAUAAUGCUGCUCAUUGUCAUUUCGCUCAUAAAGUUCUUCAGCAACUUUUACAGCUGAUUGUAUUGCUUAUUCUCACUAGUAGAUCUCGGCACAGGAUAUUUCCUGGUUGGCGUAUUCAUGUUCAUCAUACUGAUGCAGCAUGAUGUGAUCCUAAAAAGACAACGAGACAAGUUAUUAGCCACUUACUGUCUUACAUGUAAUGAACAUUGUGACAAAGAGCAGAGAGUCACUUUGGUUCUACUACAGAUAGACAUUGGACACUAUGUUAUAAUGUAUCUUCAGUCAAAGAAAUUACUAAAAGUACCUACUAGGUUCUAGCCAAUCCUAUAUGUCAACAGAUAUGUAAAGAAUGAAAGCUCCUCUGUGUUAGUAAAUUCCAUAAUACUAAAGUUGAUUGAUUGAUUAAUUAAUUUAUUUAAUUUAGUUAAACUUUGAUCCAGCCACUUUCAAUGCACUCCUGAUGUCAUCACACUUCUGACUUCUGGGCAGUCAGCGAGUGGAUCAUACAUCUGACGGGGGUUGGCGAGAUCAACUGAAAAUUUAUGGUUCCCUUUUGUGUUGGAUCAAGGUUUAACUUUCCCAUUAAAGCUAUAUAAAGAAUUGUGCCAUUAACCUUUUCGUCCAUCAUCAGCCUGGAUAAAGCCACUGAAAGCUCUGAAAAGGGUGGUCUCUCAUCAGGUGAAUAAUGCCAGCAGUUUUCCAUGAUGAAAUAGCUACAGCAAGAAAAUAAAGCAACAUAAAUAUUUGAGACCAAGGUAU